CCCAGCACCAGCGCGAGCACCGGACCCCGGCGCGCUGCCCCCGUCGCCGCCCGCCAUGGCCCGCGCCGCUCGCUUCCUCGCCGCGCUGGCCGCGCUCCUCGCCGCCGCCGCUACAGGCGGAGACGCCGGGCCUAGUAAAAUCGCCGUGGUUGGAGCUGGAAUCGGGGGCUCUGCCGUGACGCAUUUCCUACAGCAGCAUUUCGGCCCCCGGGUGCAGAUCGACGUGUUUGAGAAGGGGACGGUGGGUGGCCGCUUGGCCACCAUCUCGGUCAACAAGCAGCACUAUGAGAGCGGGGCCGCCUCCUUCCACUCCCUGAGCCUGCACAUGCAGGACUUCGUCAAGCACCUGGGGCUGAAACACCGGCGAGAGGUGGUGGGCAGGAGCGCCAUCUUCGGCGGGGAGAAUUUCGUGCUGGAGGAGACGGACUGGUACCUGCUGAACCUCUUCCGCCUCUGGUGGCACUACGGCAUCAGCUUCCUGCGGCUGCAGAUGUGGGUGGAGGAGGUCAUGGAGAAGUUCAUGAGGAUCUAUAAGUACCAGGCCCACGGUUAUGCCUUCUCGGGCGUGGAGGAGCUGCUCUACUCGCUGGGGGAGUCCAGCUUCAUCAACAUGACCCAGCGCUCUGUGGCGGAGUCCCUGCUCCAGGUGGGCGUCACGCAGCGCUUUAUCGACGACAUCGUCUCUGCCGUCCUGCGGGCCAGCUACGGCCAGUCAGCAGCGAUGCCCGCCUUUGCUGGAGCCAUGGCACUAGCGGGGGCCCAAGGCAUCCUGUGGUCCGUGGAGGGAGGCAACAAGCUGGUUUGUUCCGGUCUGCUGAAGCUCACCAAGGCCAACGUGAUCCAUGCCACAGUGACCUCUGUGACCCUGCAGCAUACAGAAGGGAAACCCUUGUACCUGGUCGAGUAUGAGAAUGAGGCGGGCACUAGCUUCGACUUCUACGACAUCGUGGUCAUCGCCACCCCCCUGCACCUGGACAACAGCAGCACCAUCGCCUUUGAAGGCUUCGACCCGCCCAUCGACGUCAUCCAGGACUCUUUCCAGCCCACCGUUGUCUCCUUGGUCCACGGCUACCUCAACUCUUCCUACUUCGGGUUCCCUGACCCUAAGCUUUUCCCCUUCGCCAGCAUCCUUACCACAGAUUUCCCCACUUUCUUCUGUGCCCUGGACAAUAUCUGUCCCGUCAACAUCUCGACCAACUUCCGGCGGAAGCAGCCUCAGGAGGCAGCCGUUUGGCGAGUCCAGUCCCCCAAGCCUCUCCUUCGGUCCCAGCUAAAGACCCUCUUCCGCUCCUAUUAUUCAGUGCAGACAGCCGAGUGGCAGGCCCACCCCAUCCACGGCUCCCGCACCACUCUCCCUCGGUUCGCACUCCACGACCAACUCUUCCACCUCAAUGCCCUGGAGUGGGCAGCCAGCUCCGUGGAGGUCAUGGCUGUAGCUGCCAAGAACGUGGCCCUGCUCGCUUACAAUCGCUGGUACCAGGACCUAGACAAAAUUGACCAAAAGGACUUGAUGCACAAGGUGAAGACUGAACUCUGAGGGCUCCAGGCGAGCCUGGGAAUGUCCAUCUCUGCUGAAGAUGGAUCACCCCCCACAGCAGCCAAGGCUGCGCAAGCCACGCUCGCCUGCCCAGCCUCCUUCUGACCCCUCCCAUGUCGAGUGAAAUCUCUCCAGUGGGUCCAGGUGACCUGCUCUCUGCCUCUCUAUCUUAAGGAUUCUUGGAGUGAUUGUUCCUUUUUUU